AUGGGGAAGGCGGAGCUGGCCCGGCGGCCCCGGGGUCCGCAGUCCGCGUCUGUGCAACUUCUGCUGCUCCUUGCAGCGGCCGCGGCUCUGCCGCUCGCCCCGGGCGCGCACGGGCGCCCCGCCGAGGAGGACGAGGAGCUGGUGCUGCCGACGCUGGAGCGCGGCGCCCCGGGCAGCGGGGACACCCACCUCCUCCUCCGCCUGGACGCCUUCGGCCGGCGGCUGAGCCUGGAGCUGCAGCCGGACCGCGGCUUCCUGUCGCCGGGCUUCACGCUCCAGACCGUAGGGCGCAGGCGGGGCGCCGACGCCCCGAGCCCCGAGCCCCCCGCGGGCGACCUGGCGCGCUGCUUCUACUCCGGCACCGUGGACGGCGACCCCGGCUCGGCCGCGGCCAUCAGCCUGUGCGAGGGCGUGCGCGGCGCCUUCUACCUGCGGGGCGAGGAGUUCUUCAUCCAGCCCGCGCCCGCCGCCACCGAGCGCCUCGCCCCCGCCGCCGCCGCCGGGGAGGAGCCGCCCCGGUUCCAUCUCCUGCGGCGGAGGCGGCGGGGCGGCGGCGGCGCCAAGUGCGGGGUCACCGACGACGAGGCUCCGAUCGCGAGGGGCGCGGGGCCCGAGGGCGAGGACGACUCCGGGGUCACCAGGGACCCCGCGCCGCGGAGCUCGGGGCGGCCAACAGGAAGUGGAAGCGUCAGGAAGAAGCGGUUUGUGUCCAGCCCCCGCUACGUGGAAACCAUGCUGGUGGCUGACCAGUCCAUGGCUGAGUUCCACGGCAGCGGCCUGAAGAACUACCUCCUCACCUUGUUCUCGGUGGCCGCCCGGCUGUACAAGCACCCCAGCAUCCGGAACUCCGUGAGCUUGGUGGUCGUGAAGAUCCUGGUCAUCUACGAGGAGCAGAAGGGACCAGAGGUGACCUCCAACGCGGCCCUCACUCUGCGCAACUUCUGCAACUGGCAGAAGCAGCACAACCCGCCCAGCGACCGGGAUGCCGAGCACUAUGACACGGCGAUUCUUUUCACCAGGCAGGACCUGUGUGGCACCCAGACAUGUGACACCCUCGGGAUGGCUGACGUGGGAACCGUCUGUGAUCCCAGCAGGAGCUGCUCUGUCAUAGAAGAUGACGGCUUACAAGCUGCCUUCACCACGGCCCACGAAUUAGGCCACGUGUUUAACAUGCCCCACGAUGACGCGAAGCAAUGUGCCAGCCUUAAUGUCAACCGGGAUUCCCACAUGAUGGCGUCAAUGCUUUCCAACUUGGACCGCAGCCAGCCCUGGUCUCCCUGCAGCGCCUACAUGAUUACCUCAUUCCUGGAUAACGGUCAUGGGGAAUGUUUGAUGGACAAGCCCCAGAGCCCCAUGCAGCUCCCCUCUGACCUCCCCGGGACCUUGUACGAUGCCAACCGGCAGUGCCAGUUUACCUUCGGGGAAGACUCCAAACACUGCCCGGAUGCAUCCAGCACAUGCACGACCCUCUGGUGCACGGGCACCUCCGGUGGGCUGCUGGUGUGCCAAACCAAACACUUCCCCUGGGCGGACGGCACCAGCUGUGGCGACGGGAAAUGGUGUGUCAACGGCAAGUGUGUGAACAAGACCGACAAGAAGCAUUUUGAUACGCCUGUUCAUGGAAGCUGGGGGCCAUGGGGACCCUGGGGAGACUGCUCGAGGACCUGUGGUGGCGGCGUUCAGUACACAAUGAGGGAAUGUGACAACCCCGUCCCCAAAAACGGGGGGAAGUACUGUGAAGGCAAGCGUGUGCGCUACCGAUCCUGCAACAUCGAGGACUGUCCGGACAGCCACGGAAAAACCUUCAGGGAGGAGCAGUGUGAGGCGCACAACGAGUUCUCCAAGGCGUCCUUUGGCAGUGGGCCCGCGGUGGAGUGGACCCCCAAGUAUGCUGGGGUCUCCCCCAAGGACAGAUGCAAGCUCAUCUGUCAGGCCAAAGGCAUCGGCUACUUCUUCGUUCUGCAGCCCAAGGUGGUAGACGGUACGCCCUGCAGCCCCGACUCCACCUCAGUCUGCGUGCAAGGACAGUGCGUGAAAGCUGGUUGCGAUCGCAUCAUAGACUCCAAGAAGAAGUUUGACAAAUGUGGCAUUUGUGGAGGAAAUGGAUCCACAUGCAAGAAGAUAUCAGGAUCAGCGACCAGUUCCAAUCCUGGCUACCAUGAUAUCGUCACCAUCCCGGCGGGAGCCACCAACAUCGAAGUGAAGCAGCGGAACCAGAGGGGAUCCAGAAACACGGGCAGCUUCCUGGCCAUCAAAGCCGCCGAUGGCACCUACAUCCUGAACGGCGACUUCACCCUGUCCACCUUAGAGCAAGACAUCACGCACAAGGGCACCGCCCUGAGGUACAGCGGCUCCUCUGCCUCGCUGGAGAGAAUCCGCAGCUUCAGCCCCCUCAAGGAGCCCUUGACCAUCCAGGUCCUCACGGUGGGCAAUGCCCUCCGGCCCAAGAUUAAAUACACCUACUUCGUGAAGAAGAAGAAGGAGCCUUUCAACGCCAUCCCGACCUUCUCUGAGUGGGUCAUCGGGGAGUGGGGCGAAUGCUCCAAGUCCUGCGGGCAGGGGGUGCAGAGGAGACUGGUGGAGUGCCGAGACCUCAACGGGCAGCCUGCUUCCGAGUGUGCCAAGGAAGUGAAGCCGGCCAGCGCCCGGCCCUGCGCGGACCUGCCCUGCCCCCACUGGCAGCUGGGGGACUGGUCCCCCUGUUCCAAGACUUGUGGGAAGGGCUACAAAAAGAGGACCUUGCAGUGUCUGUCCCACGAUGGCGGGGUGCUGGCCCACGAGAGCUGCGAUCCUUUAAAGAAACCCAAACAUUACAUAGACUUUUGCACCACGGCCGAGUGCAGCUAA